UUUGAGAUGAGCGCAUGAUAGAUGGGGUCCAUAGAAAUGAGAUGAGGUGAUUGGUGUGGUGAGCGCGUAACAAGGUGCAAAUGGUUAUGUAGAAGUUGGCUUGUGAACAUAUAUAUCCCAGUUGCAUCAUUAUACUACAUUGAAUCGGGAUGCAUGAUGGAGUAUGCUAGAGAUCUGCUACAGUAACUGGAUGCAUCGAUCAUAUGAUGUUCUUUCAUCCCAAAUCUCCAGGAGGUUUGGAGUCUAGCUUGGCAGUCAGAAUCAAUAAUGUUAUCUACUGGGGAGGGAGCUGAAAAAUUUCUGCAGUAACGACCCAACAACAUAUGGCAAUUGGAGGACCCAUCUGAUCUAGCAUUACUUCUAUGGUAAUUGUGAAGCACAAAAAUGCAGAGGCUUUAUAGAAAGGGAUGGACUCAAAACUCUUUUAUAGAAGUUUUAUAGGAACGACUGUGGUCGUUCACAGUCGAUUACGCUUCCCAAGACUUGACCAGGUUUGUGAAGUGAGGAAAAGAAUUCAUGCGGACAAAUCUUCCCCUCGUUAUGUACGCGUAUCAACUCAAAUUACCGUCGGGGCAGGACGCGGAAAGUCAGGAACCUAGAGAUUUCCGAGAGAUUUCUGAAGGAGAGCCGAAGCUUCCGAGUCAAUGAAGACUUCAUAUUUUAAAUAAAGCCCAAGAUGGUGGCCAUCACCAACUGAGUUAAUUACCUUCACAUACACAGCAAUGAUGAAAUAGCAACGGCACGCCUCAAAAUCCCUUCUCUUGUCCAAUUCAUUCUCUAGCAUUCGACCUUCUUCUAGCCUCUCUCUUCCUCCCCCAAACCAUGGGAGCCCUGAGCCCCUGACUUAAAACCACCAGGAGGAAAACGAAGUCCAUAAAGCAAUUCAGUGACCAUGUCUGCAUCCCAAACCCACGUAGUUGCAACGUCGCCCUCAUCAUCAGGAAAGCCAGAAGACAAACUGCAGGAUCCCUCUCAGUGUCCACGGCGGCGCCUGCCAGGAUGGGAGGGCAACCAGAGAAACACACUCCUCGUGGUGGCGACUCUGAUCACGGCGUUAACGUACCAGGUGGGAACCAAUUACAUCCCUGAUGGCUGCUGGCAGGACGACAAGAUGGGCGUAUAUACUGCGGGGGACCCCAUCAUGCGCGACGAGCACCAGAAGCGGUACUGGCUCUUCAUGACCGCCAGUUGGAUGGGCUUCGGCAGCUCGAUGCUCAUGAUCGUGUAUUUGCUCACCGGAGUGCCGGUGAACUCUGGCCGGGUCCGGUGGCCGUUCGUGGUAGCUUGCUCCAGCCUCAUGGUGACCUUUAUCACCUCGCGGCCAAGGACUCGGCUCACCAUGGACCUGGCCCUCUGGGUCUGCCUCGUGCUUUUCCUAUGGGCUGCUAUCAGCUUCAAAAACUUGGAAGAGAGAUUCUGUCGGCGAGCUUCUUUCGAUAGAAUAAAGAACUCUUUCAAGGGAUAUUGGUGAUGGCUGGUUGUUCCAGAUGAUGAGAUCAAAUUUUUGAGGUCAAGAGGACUUUCAGCCUGCCGUUUGGUAUCCUUUUGCAGGUCGAGGGCUUCAGCCGUCCCACUCCGUUCUAAAGAGAAAUUAGAGUUUGGCGUGUAGCUUGAUGCGCCAACCCGUAUAUUGCUGUGCACAUUACGUUCUUGUAUGUGACGGGGAUGAACGCAGAAACCAUGCGCCUUGAGCUGUUGUUGUGUUGUUACAAUCAUUAGGACGAUUUCAAAGGUAGUCUAUUUCAAGAUUAAUCGGUUGAUGUUUUUUUUUUCUCAGAAAAUGUUUAGUAAUGGCUACUUUUAUGCUUUGAUAUAUGCAAU